AUGCGGACCAGGCUGCAGCUGCUGUGCGCGGUGGCAGCGCUGCUGUGCGCCGCGGCACCGGGUCCGCACCGCGCUCGGGGCGCGGCGCCCGCCGUGCCCCCCGUGGGCGAGGGCGAUGGGUACGGGAUGAAGCUGUGCGGGAGGGAGUUCAUCCGCGCCGUCAUCUUCACCUGCGGCGGGUCCCGCUGGAAGCGCCUCUCCGCGCUGGCCAUGGAGCCGACGCCCGCGGCCGAUUCUGUGCGAACAGCAAGUAACAAACUACUGGGAAACUUGAAGCUGCGAUCAGUUUCCGGUCCUGAAGUGGAGCAGCCACAGAGAAGCAGCCAAUCUCUUGGAUGGGAGAUGAUUAAUGACUUGUAUAAUUUGAAUGACAAUGAUGAGUAUGCACCUGUGGCAGAUGACUUUAAAGAACUUGUUCGAAAGGUAGAGGAGGCUGUUAAGAAGGAGAGGGGGAGAACAGGAAUUGCAAACCCCAUGGGGUCAAACAAUUACCUUUGGGCCAAAUAUCCCAGAAGAAAACGUGACUCUCUGGGUUUGGCAGGAAUUUGUUGCAAAUGGGGCUGUACAAAAGCUGAAAUUAGUGCCAUAUGCAGAGUUUAA